AUGAAGUUCUUGAUUCAUCUUGUUGUAUUAUUUUUCCUCUUCGAUGCUUUCAUGGCCAACGGUGUGGCAGAUUCUUUGAUUCGAAAUUCUUGCAAGAAAAAUUCAAGAUAUGCGGAACCAUACAUCUACAAAUUUUGCAUCACAUCUAUCAAAGCGAAUCCAGAGAGCCAAAAAGUAAGAAACAUUGAUGAAUUGACUAUGGUAUGUACGAAUAGCGCGAUAUCAAACCUAACGAAAGUGAAAGGGAUUGUCGAGAAUAUUGUAAACGAGAAAAAGUAUAAGAAUAAGUUGAGUCGUACGUUCUUACGGGAGUGCAUCAAGCUUUAUUCUGAGGGCUAUGAGUUGUUAAACUCAGCUCUGAAGUACCUCAAAACAAGAGAUUACGAGAAAUUUAUAGGAAAUAUGGAUAUGGCGAGAGGUAAACCAAGAGCUUGCGAAAUGAAAUUCAACGAUGAUAAUCAUCAGAUAUCGCCUGUAAAGAAAGAACGAUGUUCUCUUCGACAUGAUCAACAUUCCCUAUUAUUUUUGUUUCAACGCUCAUAUUAA